AACAACAACAGGCGUCUCUUACCGACACGGCAUUUCAGACACUAUUAUUCUAACCAAACAAAACGACUUGUCUAGAUAAUAUUAGCGUUGACAUCGAUGCAACCGGUUCCAGAGUAGUUACAGUUUUCAUUCGUGUUUAUUUAUAGACACGGCGAGGUGUUGAAAAUGAAAAUGAGUUUGGGUUUAGCCGUGAAGCUAAACGUUUAGCAAGAGACACCGAGGUGUGUUCACAAAUAACAAAACGAUAGACCGGUCCCGGGUGGAGAAAAAACAACCCAGCUAUAUUAUGGAGUAUCGAGAUUAAGUGUCGGAUCUUACUACAUUACAUUCUGCCCAAAGGACAAAAGGAGAGACCAGUCAAACCCAGUUAGUUAUGACCAUGUCGCUGAUCCAGGCCUGCCGCAGUUUGGUCUUAUCUACAUGGCUUUUAUCGUUUUGUUUCGUCCACUUCUUCUGUUUAGAUUUCACCGUGGCCGAGAGAGAGGAGUGGUACACCGCUUUCAUCAACAUCACCUACAUAGAUCCGAUCACCUCUAUGAUCCGGACGGAGAAGACUGAAUGCGGUCGAUAUGGGGAACAUUCACUGAAACGCGACGCCAAAGGAGUCGUGAUUCUUCCAUCUCUUUCGCAGGACUGGCAAGCCUGUGAUCCGGGUACCUUGUUUCCGGUUCCGGUCCAAGGCAGUGCAUGGAUAGCCCUGAUAGCCAGUGGAAACUGCACCUAUAAGGAAAAGAUUCGACAUGCAGCGAACCAAAACGCCUCGGCCAUUGUCGUAUUCAACGUUGGAUCCAGCAACGCCAAUGAUACAAUCACCAUGUCAUAUUCAGGCAUGGGUGAUGUGGUCGCCGUCAUGAUCCCAGAACCUAAAGGUCGCGAGGUCGCCGCUCUGCUAGAGCGGAACGUCACGGUGACCAUGCACAUCACCAUAGGAACGCGUAACCUCCAGAAGUACGUGAGCAGGACGUCGGUGGUGUUCGUCUCCAUCUCCUUCAUCGUCCUGAUGAUCAUCUCUCUGGCCUGGCUCGUCUUCUACUAUAUACAGAGGUUCAGAUACGCCAACGCACGAGACCGGAACCUGAGGCGUCUGGGAGAUGCAGCUAAGAAGGCCAUCAGUAAGCUGCAGGUCAGGACCAUCAGGAAGGGAGACGGGGAGACGGAGUCCGACUUUGAUAACUGUGCCGUGUGUAUCGAGGGUUACAAGCCAAACGACGUGGUCAGGAUACUACCCUGCAGACACCUGUUCCAUAAGAACUGCGUGGACCCCUGGCUGCUGGACCACAGGACCUGUCCCAUGUGCAAGAUGAACAUCCUCAAAGCCCUGGGCAUCGCUUUAAAUGCAGACUGUCUGGAUGACGUGCCCUUGGACUAUGAGAUGAUUAGUGUGGGUGGUGGUGGUGGGGGGGUCGGGGUUCUGGGCCUAGAGGCUGUGGUGUCGGGAGGGUCCAGUGACGGGACCCUCAGUGAGGGUGGGUCGGUGGUUCUAGACCCGGGGGUGCGGAGGGUGGGGCUCCCCCAAGACUACCACGACCCAGACCCUCUGAGGGAUAGUCCCAUUACUGCUACUACUGAUACCCACACAGGUGAGUUCCAGCCCAUGACCAGCAGUGCGUCUGUGGCAUCCCUGGUGAUCGCCGUGGAAACGGGGCUGUCUGACGAAGAACUGUCACUAGAACCACCAACCCCUACUGGGGACAACCAGUCCUGAGACCACAGGGCCUAACUGGGGCCACACUGGUGCCAGAACCAUGACUGUACCGGGGUUAAGUCUGGUUUAGGCUGGCCCUGGGACAAAUCUAACCUGGGACAGAGGACGGAAACAUACCUGCAGGCUAAGAUUUACUUGGACUAUGGCUGCAUGUAUGGACAUACCUGUCUAUGGCUACCUGGGAUGGACCUACCUGUCUAUGGCUACCUGGGAUGGACAUACCUGUCUAUGGCUACCCGAGAUGGACAUACCUGUCUAUGGCUACCCGAGAUGGACAUACCUGUCUAUGGCUACCCGAGAUGGACAUACCUGUCUAUGGCUACCCGAGAUGGACAUACCUGUCUAUGGCUACCCGAGAUGGACAUACCUGUCUAUGGCUACCCGAGAUGGACAUACCUGUCUAUGGCUACCUGGGAUGGACCUACCUGUCUAUGGCUACCCGAGAUGGACAUACCCGGGGUGGACAUACCUGUCUAUGGCUACCCGAGAUGGACAUACCUGUCUAUGGCUACCCGGGAUGGACCUACCUGGGUUGGACCUACCUGGAUAAACUGAUCUGGGAUGGACCUACCUGGAUAAACUGAUCUGGGAUGGACCUACCUGGGAUGGGAUUACCUGGGAUGGACCUACCUGGGAUGGGAUUACCUGGGAUGGAUUACCUGGGAUGGACCUACCUGGGAUGG